CAGCACUGCCGUUGAAAAAUUUCAAAUCGUGCUCAUUUAGGCCACAAUGUACCAAAUCCUGGUGGUCCCCUGCCUCGGCGAGGUUUCCCCCUUGAAAUUCAACGUUUUCCUGUCUUCCGUCUCCGGAGUGGCUUUCUUCACCGCUUGGUGGCUCCUUGUGGGGCUCCUCGCCGAAAACCUGCUCUACUAUCACGAGUUUUUCCCCGUUUUCUUCUCCACCAUGGCCCUCGUCCUCAUCAACAUGAUCCCCACAAGUCUCAUCCUGGAGCCCCAAUUGCACUACACGACGAAAUGCGGCAGUCUCAUGGCCCGAACCUGUCUUUUCAUCGGUUUUAUGAUAGCCUUCGGGGCCCUAAUCGGCGCCACCUACAUCCUAAUAAACAACUACAUUUUAGACACAACAGAGUUGAACAAGUGGCCCGGUUGGAGCGUUUUUUUGCAAAAUUUGCUCGUUUUUAGCGCCACUCUUUUGCUAAGAUGUCGAAAAUCGCUUGAGUAUUUUUAAUAAGACGAUUAAAAAGUGAUCAGUGUGAAAUUGAGUCAUUUUUGGGGCCGUAAACCGUCAUUAUUUAACGGUUAGUGAUGUGUUACAAAAACAGGAGAUUAUCGUGAAGGCUGAGUGCAAUUAUCCACUUGUUUUCUCUCAAAUCAAAGCAAUUACCAUUUUCUUGUAUGGGAGUUAUAAAGAUAUCUUUAUUACCGGU